AUGCGAGUAUUGUUUCUAAUGUGCUGUCUUUUUUCACUCGGCUCACUCGAUGAAGCACCGAAUCUACGUCUGGUAACAUCUCAUCUCUCCGUUGUUUCUCGUCUAGCUAGUGGGAUUUGCAUUCAAAAUGAGUUGUCAGAGAAGAAAACUACAGAGACUCAGGUUGUGGCGAAUAUGAUUCAAUCCAAUAAUCCAAAAGUUUUGGAAGAUAUUAAAGGAACCCAAUCAUCUGAAGCUUCCAAAAAACUAACUGAUUUGUCUGGUGUCUUGAAAUCAAUUGGACCAGCCACUAUUGAGAAAUCACAUCAGCUUCGAAAAACUCUUGAAACUCUUCCCGACCUUCUUAAUCAAGUCGAUCAAAUGGAAACAGCUUCUCAGAAGACGUUGACGGAUGAUUUGAAAAAGAAUGCGGCAGCGAUUACUGGAGGAAAAAUUGAUAUUCGAGAGACUUCUGUUGGAAAAUACAAUCUUAUUUUCAUUGCCAACGUUCUCGAGCAUAUUUUCGAUGAGAGUCUGACCGAAGUCCCAACAGAUGACACUGAAAUUUUCAAGCUAAAGUCGUCGAUUCUCCGUUUUCGAACUGAAAUGGAUGGAUAUCAGGCGUAUGUUGAUAAUCUAAAGAAAUACAAAAAUGAGUCUCUUGUUACUGACCUUCUUGCAUUCACGAGCUUAAACCUGGACGAGGUUUUGGAACCAGUAAAGGAGUUGGAAGAUUUUGCGAUGAAAUAUGAUAGAAGCAAAUUAGGAACAUCUCAUAUGAUUGUCUGGUUAAAGGCAUUGGUAGAGGAAAUCGAUAAAGUAGAGGCAUCCAAUUUUUUGAACAUUCAAGAAGAUAUGGAUGCAUUGUUGAAAGAUCUGGAUAGUUUGUUCCCAGUUGCAAAGGAUCUCUCCAAAGUAGAAAUGGGAUCAAAGUCCACCCAACUCUCUGAUAUUUUCAAAACUGAUUUGAGCUCUCCGUGGUUUUUGGAGAACUUCGCUGAAAAAGAAAAGAAAUCCCUAGAAAAACUGAAAACGGCAUUAGCUCCAUUGGAAUCAUUCAACGGAAAAGUAAUCCAGGUCAUCCAAGGAUUGACGGACUUCUCCACAAACUACGACGAAUUCAAAGUAUAUUCAUUGAGAAGAGUAGUGAAAAAGGUGAAAGAUAGUAUUGAGAAGGCUAAUGAAUACAAAAAAUUCUCUUCAACUAUCAAAAAGGCUGUGGAAAAUUCUGUUGCUUGUUUGGAGACGUCUGCACUCAAGUAUCCGAGAAAAGAAAUAAAUUUAAAUGAAUUCAACAAGGCUUACACUUUAUCAAUGGAUCUCCAUAAAAAAGAUCACUUUUAUGCAAGAAUCCCAGAAAUCAGUGAUGACGUCAAUAAGAAGGGAUUCAGAAUGACCACAGAUGAAGCAUGGGAGAUUAUUGGAAAGAUGAGAAAUGUUACAGAUGCCAAAGCAUUUGUGGAGAACUUUUUGAAAGCUGGCAAUCUCUUAGCCGAAGUUGAUAGUUCUGGAUUAGACAAGUUGUUGGCUGAAACGAUGGAUUUCGAAAUUGUCCAAACGACUCAAGAUAUCCUGAAAAACACGAAUGUGAUCACAGGACUUCAGUGUUUGAAGAAUGGCAACGAUUCAGUUUUCAACCCGGAACAUUAUUUGAAAUUAAUGGAAUUUGUGGAUAAAUUUAGAAGUUUGAAAGAGGAGGACAUUUUGGAAGCGAUUGGAAUUCUGGAAAAAAUGGGAAAGAUCAAAGAAGGAUUGGUUAAUUUGGAGAUGAAUAAAUCGAAACGAGCAGCUGGGAAGACGGCAGAGAAAGAGCUGUUGAAGUUUGAAAAUUUGAAAAAAAUUUCAACCGAUUUGGAGCAAGGAGUGGACACACUGAAGAAUAUUUUAAAGGUAGUCGACAAAAAGGAAAAAGUUUUGGCUGCGACAAAUUUUGGUGAGAAGGUCGAUAGAGCUGUAUUAAUGAUUCGUAUGCCACCGAUGCAAUCUGUUUGGACUCCCACAACUCGACAGAAGAUUCAGAAAGUGUAUACAGAAAUUGAGCAAUUGGAAAAAGCUACUGUGGACUAUACAAAGGCACAAGAGCUCGAAACGAUUUUCGGAAUAAUGAAGAACGCUACGAUUGUGAAUGGGUUGGAACUCGACACGAAUUUGUUCCAAAAUACAGUACCAUCCAGUUUAGAAGCUUCUUCAGAUUCGGAUGUCCGAGCAGCUGCUCCGACUUUCAAAGAAUUAGGAUCUCUGGAUUUGAAUUUCGUCGCUCAUCAUAGUUCAUUGAAUGCGGCCGCAAUGACUUUUGAACCUCUUCGGAAAUUCUUUGAUGACUUUUUUGGAAUCGAUAGGUCCCCACACAAAAAUGCUUCGGCACAGCAACAGCAGGAUGCUGGAAGUACAGCUGGACCCCAAUCAAUCCAUCUGCUGCUCUUAACCGGUUUGAUUAUUCUUCUUCUUGUCUUAUUCAUUGUCAUUGUGUUUUGCUAUAAGAGAAAAUCACGUCUUCGUAAGCUGAAUUAUAAAGAAACUUGGAGACAUCUUAGAUUCUUGAGCGAAGGAGCAGUGACCAAAAACGAGGGAACUCAAUACACUCAACUCCAUUUGGCAGUGCUCAGGAAACGAUAUGAUGAGGUGAAGAGACUUGUCAAGAAUGGAGCAUAUGUGGACGUUCAUUGUUUCGGUAAAAUUAAUGAGACUCCACUGCAUACUGCUGUCUCAAAUAAAUCAACUGAAAUUGUUAAAUUGCUCAUCAAGAGUGGAGCGGAUUUGAACGCAUUGGAUGGGAACUAUGAGACGCCGUUGGAUAGAGCGAAGAGUAACAAGGAGAUUCAGAAGAUUCUCAAAGAUUCGCAAAACAAGAAAAUCAGAAAAAAUCUUCCACAGGUUUUGUCAGUCGACAAGUACAAGAUUUUCAUUGAUGAGGAUGUGAAGGGCAAGAAGGAUUUCGCUGAGCAUUUCAAAGCAAACAUUGUGACCAAGAUCGAUAAAGCUACCCAUGUGAUUGUUAAAACAGGAAAAGGAAAAACUUAUGAAAUGGACAAGGAAGAUCCAUCUGCACUUAAAGUGCUGGCUGCUGUGUGUAGUCCAAAACUUUUGAUGUCUUCUGAUUGGAUGGCUGCUUCACUUGAGAAGAGCAAAAACUUCCGUGAUGAUCAUCUUUAUCAAGUUCAGAAGAUCAAGUUCAAUGGAAAGACCUACAAAGGAAUUGAUGAUAUUCAGCUGGCUCAUAGCAAAUUGGAAGUUCCAUUCUUAACCAAUACCAUUGUUUACUUUGACCAAGCAGAUCUUCACACAAUCGACUGGAGUGGUUUGAAGGGUAUCGCCUCUGAAUUGGGUGCGCAGACCGUGGACGAAUUCCCAGUGAUGCAAGGAAUGAUGUCUGGACAAUGCCCGUAUUAUAGAGAGGACUUGGGACACAUUUUUGUAGUUUACAAUCAGAGUAACGCAGAAAAAAUGACUACAAUGUAUCCGAUUCUGAAAACGGAAAAGGCAUACACAUUCUUGGAAAAGGACGAAUUCAUUGCUCUUAUUCUGAACAGAGAGGUUUCACACAAAAAGCUAAAAGGUAUCAAAGGUGGAAAGAAAGACUCGAAAUCAAAACAAUCCAAGUCGAAAAGUUCUGAAAAAUCGGGAGAUUCCUAUCGAACUACUGGCGGAACUACAAGAGGAACUACGGGAGGAAACAGUGCUUCUGGAUCUGUUACCCCAGCAAAUGGCUCAGCGACGCCAACUCCAAUUUCAAAUACACCAUCGGCUGCUGAAGAGCACAAGUCGGAUGUUUGA